UUAAGGGGAAAGGUACUGGACCUCCUCCACGAGGGUCACCCAGGGAUCGUAAGGAUGAAGGGGCUGGCAAGAAGCUAUGUGUGGUGGCCACUCAUGGACUCAGAGAUUGCUGAGAGGGUAGGGAAGUGCCAGGCUUGCCAAGAGUCCAGACCGCUACCCCCAACGGCCCCAGUCAGGGAAUGGGAAAAACCCCAAGGCCCCUGGUCAAGAAUCCACAUUGAUUUUGCUGGCCCUGUCCAUGGCCAAACUUUCCUAGUGGUUGUCGACGCAUUCUCUAAAUGGUUGGAGAUCAUACUCAUGAAAUCCACUACGACCGAGGCAGUAAUCGCAGCCCUCCGCCACCUAUUCGCAACCCACGGGUUGCCUGACACUCUGGUGUCCGACAACGGCCCGCAAUUCACGGCAGCCCAGUUCGAAGAAUAUUUGGCAGAGGAGGGCAUCCGACAUGCCCUCUCUGCGCCUUUCCACCCUGCGUCGAAUGGCCUUGCAGAGCGUUCCGUCCGGAGCGCUAAGGAGGCAUUGUCCAGGCUCAAGCCAGGUGACUGGCAGACAAAGAUAGAUUUCUUUCUGGCUGUUCAGCACAGAACCCCAAGCACUGCUACCGGCAGAAGCCCAGCCGAAUUGUUGAUGGGACGG